AGUUACUAUUAACAAGUAACAACAAGCAUGGCGGCUCAGGAAGGUGGAGAAUCUACAGUGAAGAAGCGGCCCUCUGGUAUUAAGAACUUCAUAGCAGGCGGUGUUGGUGGAGUAUGUGUUGUUUUGGUUGGACAUCCACUGGACACCAUAAAGGUCCGACUCCAAACAAUGCCACCUCCACAGCCUGGAGAAGCUCCUUUGUUUAAAGGAACCUUUGACUGUGCCUACAAGACCUUUAAAUUUGAGGGUGUGAGGGGUCUUUAUAGAGGUAUGCUGGCUCCACUGGUAGGUGUGACUCCUAUGUUUGCCAUCAGUUUCUGGGGAUAUGGGAUUGGACAGAAAAUUCAACAAAAAUCACCCGAAGACCAAUUGACAAUUCUUCAACAUUUCAAUGCAGGCAUGGUUGCCGGCUUAUUCACUACCACUAUUAUGGCACCUGGUGAGAGAAUCAAGUGUUUAAUGCAAAUCCAACAAGCCUCAAAAGCAGAAGCUAAAUAUGCUAGUUCAUUUGAUUGCGGUAGACAGCUGUUCCGUGAAGGUGGAAUUAGAUCAUUAUACAGAGGGACAAUGGCUACCAUACUGAGAGAUGUGCCUGGCUCAGCUGCUUAUUUUGGUGUGUAUCAAUGGAUUCUUAGAAGCUUGACACCAACUGAUGGAAGUACUAGUCUUAGUCCUAGCCGUAUAUUAUUUGCGGGUGGAAUGGCUGGAGUUGCUAACUGGAUAAUCGCUAUACCGCCUGAUGUACUGAAGUCGAGAUAUCAGAUAGCUCCAACUGGUAAAUAUCCAAAUGGCAUUAGAAGUGUUUUUAAAGAAAUGAUGCAAAAUGAAGGCAUAACUAGUCUUUACAAAGGAGUUGGUCCUGCUAUGAUUAGAGCAUUCCCAGCCAAUGCAGCUUGUUUUCUUGGAUAUGAAGUGGCAAUUAAAGUACUUGAUAGACUAAUGCCAAACAUGUAGACAAGAUAGUAAUGACAUUUGCUCACUGUUGUUUCAUUUUUAAUUUAAGUGAAUAAUAGUAUUUAUUAUUUGUAACUGUUGCUGAUGAUAUAAAUGCUUUUGUAAGCAGCCAUUUUUUAAUUCAA